GGGGAGAUGAUGUUCUUGUGCGCAGAAAGAGGGCUAUGGGGAGUUGGCCUUAUUUCUCGGGGAACGCUCGGCGUGGUCGCCAUCAGCCCCUCGGCCGGUCACAGCUUUGGCUGCCUUCAGGAGCUGGGGUGGGGGGCGGUUAUUGGAGAAAACAUUCAAACUUGCUGUCAGUUGUGCACCCACGGAACCUCCGGCGUCCUCAUUAUGGAUGAAGUAAUUACCGAAUAUAUCCGAAGAACCGUGCUAAAAAUCCCCCGCGAUGAAAUCAUGGCAGUGCUGCAGAAGUGGGGCUUUCUCUCUGAGGCACAGCUACAAACUAUCAACUUCCGUCAGACCAAAGAGAGCAUCUCUCACAGCGUCGCUCAGCUCUGCGAGGAAAGUUCUGCAAACAUAAAGCAAGCAGCCCUCCUAGACAUCAUCUACAACCACAUCUAUCCAAACAAAAGAGUGUGGAGUGUCUACCAUAUGAACAAAACAGGGGAAGAAACAGACCUCUUUGACUUCAGAGAUUUCAAAAAAAAGUUUAGAAGACGAAUUCAGUCAGCUUUGAUAAAUGUCACCAUCAAUUUUAGAGAAUAUGAGGAUAAUGCAAUCUGGAUUAGAAUUGCCUGGGGAACACCGUAUACAAAACCAAACCAGUACAAAACCAGUUAUGUUGUAUACCACUCACAGACUCCUUAUGUCUUCAUCUCUGCCUCUGUCCUUAGGAGCAACUUACCUCUGCUGUGUCAGGCACUGGUGUUUGCUUCCAAUUACCAUGACAUCCGUGAAAUGGAACUUCGAAGUCAUUGUUUGAACUCCCUUAAAGAUAUUGUGUUUAAGAGAUACAGCCAGAACUUCCAAACCAACUAUCCACAGCAAGAAAGGAAUGUACUCACAGAAAAUGUGGAUUUAAGGAUAAAUGAUGAAAACAGAAGUGAGAAAGAAAGAAUACAUAGACUGAAUCUGGAAUGUUUUGGUGACGGUCCCCAACCCAAACUCGACUUUGCACAGUAUAAGCUUGAGACAAUGUUUAAAAGUGAUCCUAGAUGGGAUGUUUUGGAGAAAAAAGAGCCAUUCAGAUGUUUGGUGAAGUUUUCUAGUCCACAUCUUUUAGAAUCACUGAAAUCCUUGGCACCAGCAGGUUUGGCUGAUGCACCGCUUUCACCACUACUUACAUGCAUUCCACAAAAAGCUAGGAAUUACUUUAAAAUUAGAGAGAAGAAGUCUUUACUUCCAGGAAGCUUUGUAAGCCCUUAAUUUAAAUAGAAGUGUUUUCAUAUCAAAAUCUGUGAUUCGUUUAUUACUGGUAUUAAUCCAAUCCACAAUCACCUUUAAAAUAGAUUUUAAAAACAACCUUAUUCUUUGAUAAACCCUUUUUCAUUUCUGGCUUUGGGUUAGCCCUUAAAAUUGGAGAAGUCAUUAUUUAUGAAUUUUAAACAGAAAUCACGAUUAUUUAAAAUGUAAAUGUGAUGACUGCUUUUAUCUGUAUUUGCUACUAGAUGCUAAAACCUGAUACAGAUACCAAGACAUCUGUUCAGUUUCCUGUCAUAACUGCAGGUGGCUGAGAUGCUGUAGGUGGCCUUAUUUCAGCUGCAGGACAGUAGUGAGGCAGAACACAUGCCCAUUUUGAAUGAGUGAAUAGUCCCAUUCAAACAAGUGGAACUACCAGUCUGCUUCAGGUCGGGCAUGUUUUUGUCUUUGUAGAUGGAGAUUACAUUCAAAGAGCAUUGCAGAGUGUAGGGGAGAAGAGACUCUGGUAGAUGUCAGUAAGGAACUUCCAUGCAGCAUUACUGGCUAUUCAGCUCUGAAGUUUUUACUCACCGACUGUGAUAGCCAAUACUAAAUAUUUUAAUUUUUUAAAAUUCUAUCUCCUGGUGUUAGUAUCUUAUGAAAUACUAACAGCAAUACAGCGAAACUGGCAAUAAUUUUCUUUGGAGGUAGUCCAUGUUUUAGAAUGUCUGUUUCAUUCAACACGAGGCCUCUGCAAUCUUUGUUCGUUGUCACUUUGUUGAGCUUAGGGACACAGAUUGCAGAAGCAAGACAGCAGCAUCCACUCAUGCAAGCAGCAGCUUUGCAGUGGAGUUCUCUAGGGCUGGUAAACAGUAAUUGGUAAUUAUGUAUAUGCUUUUGUGUAGCUGGCUGUAUUAUUCUUAUUUUAAGAGAUUAAUUUGCACUGAAGAGUCCAACAAAUGCUUCUUUCUUAAUGCUGUUACCUGGGAGCAUAUUGUGCGUGUGCUUUGUGUAUGAUAUGCUGAUGGGCAGAGAGUCCUGAAAAAGCUUCAUGGCAAAGUGUAACUGUUUGGAGAGGUUGUAUGGGAAUUAUUUUGUUUUCAAACUGUAAAUAAAUGUGUACAUUAAGACCUCUUCUA